GUGGCGCUACGGAGAUUGCGACGGUACGUUGCUAUGCUGUUGCCUCUGCUGCAGUGAGCGUGCAUUGACAACGGACUCCGCUGAGAAAGUCAGAGACUCUAUUCGGCAAUCCGGAAUACACUUUUUCCCCCAACAUUUAUGUCGCUCAUACCCUCUCAUUUACAAAUCAAAGGAAUUGUAAAUAUCAUUCACUCGGUCUGAGAUGCCUGCUGGUUCGCUGUAGCCAAUGGUUGCUGUAUGUUGUGUGUGGAUUAUUCGUCGCCGAGCUAGUCGCAUAUUCGAACUAGUAAAGGGCCCGCAGACAGUUGAAUGUAUGAAGCUGAAGGAUCGGAGUGAUAAAAAUGAGGUUUUGUCGGAGUUCCCAGCGGGUGAACUGAACUUGGAUUUUCAGUCCCUCACCCUAAACUCAUUUCCCGCUGUAAGAAAACCAUAUUCCUUAAAAACUGGACGCCUCUGGAACUGUUUAUGACGACCCUGGUUGGACCGUAAUGACCGCACGCUUCCAGUUGCCUGCUGGCAGAUCUUACAAUGUCCGGGCAUCAGAGCUGGCACGCGACAGGCAGCACACUGAGGUGGGCUGCAACAUACUUCUCUUGGACAACACUGUCCAAGCCUUCAAAGUUAAUAAGCACAACCAGGGUCAGGUCUUACUGGAGGAAGUGUUUAAACACCUGGAGCUGACAGAGAGGGAUUACUUCGGCCUGCAUCUGUCCGACGACUCCUCCGACAGCCCGGUAGGUGCCAAGAGAUGGCUGGAUCCAAACAAACCCAUCAGGAAGCAACUAAAACGGGGAUCGCCUCAUAAUCUGAGCUUCAGAGUGAAGUUCUUUGUGACCGACCCUAAUAAACUUCAGGAAGAUUACACUAGGUACCAGUAUUUCCUCCAGCUCAAACAGGACAUCCUGACUGGAAGACUGCCCUGUCCGCACAACACUGCCGCACUCCUGGCGUCCUAUGCUGUUCAAUCUGAGUUGGGAGACUACAGUGACUCGGAGCAUGCUCCUGGCUACCUCUCAGAGUUCUGCUUCAUCCCCAACCCACCACAAGGGUUCCACAAGGAGGUCACCAAACACCACCAACAGCACAGUGGUCUGUCUUCUGCCCAGUCAGAGUUUAAUUACCUGAACACAGCACGGACGCUGGAGCUGUACGGAGUGGAGUUGCACUAUGCAAGGGAUCAACGCAACACUGAGAUUUUAAUUGGGGUGAUGUCAGCAGGGAUCGUGGUUUACAAGAACAGGGUACGAAUCAACUGCUUUCCCUGGUUGAAGAUUGUGAAAAUAUUGUUCAAGUGCAAACAGUUCUUCGUUCAGCUCAGGAGAGAAGUGAAUGAGACGAGGGAGACCUUGCUGGGGUUUAACAUGGUGAGCUACAGAGCCUGUAAGAACCUAUGGAAGACCUGUGUAGAGCAUCACACCUUCUUCCGUCUGGACCGGCCCGUUCCCCCUCAGAAGAACUUCUUUGCCCACUAUUUUACCCUGGGCUCCAAGUUUCGUUACUGCGGGAGGACCGAGGUGCAGUCGGUGCAGUAUGGCAAAGAGAAGGGGAUCAAGAACAGGGUGUUUGCCAGGUCUCCCAGUAAGCCCAUGGCCAGGAAGUUGAUGUGCGGGACAGACUGGGAGGCGGUGAGCAGGAACAGCCUAUCAGACGAGAGGCUGGAGACCCAGAGCCUGCCCACACGCUCCCCACCCGGUACCCCUAACCACCGGAACUCGUUGUUCGUAGAGGAGGGGGCGCGGAUGCGCCCGUUGUCGGUUGGGCACCUGGUGGACCACAUAAUCCACGCCUCGCCUAGUCUCCCCGUCUUCUCCAAUCACAAAUCAGCGUCCUCCACCCAGGCCAACUCUAUCAGUCUGGACUCCAGCCCCUCCCCAGAGACAGUAGAUGGUCUGCCCCCGGCCCUGCCUCCAAGACAGUCCAGGAAGAACCUGAGCCAGAUCAUCCAGGACCACUCCCAGCAGAGUCUCCUUGACAACCACAUCAACGAGAUGUACGAUGUCCCCAUGGCAACCGACAAGACCACGUUGAACGGUGUUGUUCCUCACGACAAUCUGGUCCUGGUCAAGAUGAGGCCAGACGACAACAGACGAUUUGGCUUCAACGUCAAGGGUGGAGCUGAUCAGAAGGUGCCCGUCAUCGUGUCUCGUGUGGCCCCUGGGACAUCGGCUGACCUGUGUGUCCCUCGUCUGAACGAAGGUGACCAGGUGGUUCUGAUCAACGGUCGAGACAUCUCGGAGCACACUCACGACCAGGUGGUCAUGUUCAUCAAGGCCAGCUGUGAGAGCCACUCAGGAGAGCUCAUCUUAUUGGUCAGGCCCAAUGCCAUCUAUGACAUGGUGGAGGAGAAGCAGGAGACUGAGCCAGACUUCCAGUACAUCCCAGAGAAGUGUCCCCAGGACCCCAGUCAGCUGGACCAGGACGCCUGGAGGGACUCCAUGAACACCCUGAAGGAGGGUCUGGUCAGCGGGGAAGUACUAGCCCAGUUUGAUCAACUUUACCGGAAAAGUCCUGGAAUGACAAUGUUGUGUGCCAAAUUACCUCAAAACAUUUCCAAAAACCGCUACAGAGACAUCUCACCCUAUGAUGCCACACGGGUCAUUCUGAAAAGUACAGAUGACUACAUCAAUGCAAAUUACAUCAACAUGGAGAUCCCAGCGUCCAGCCUGAUCAACCGGUACAUUGCGUGCCAGGGCCCGCUGCCCAACACAUGCCCAGACUUCUGGCAGAUGACCUGGGAGCAGAGCUCCUCCAUGGUGGUCAUGCUCACCACCCAGGUGGAGAGGGGACGGGUAAAGUGUCAUCAGUACUGGCCCAACCCUGACAGCACUGCCACGUACGGCCGCUUCCAGCUGGCCUGUCUCACUGAGGAGGGUAAUUCUGCCUUCCUGGUCCGAGACAUGACCCUUACACACCUCGAGAGCGAGGAGGUCCGGGAGUUGACCCAGAUCCAGUACGUGGCCUGGCCGGACCAUGGCGUCCCAGAUGACUCCAUGGACUUCCUGGACUUUGUCAGCCUGGUGCGAAGCAAACGAGCCGGCAAGGAUGAGCCCAUGGUGGUCCACUGCAGCGCAGGGAUUGGCCGAACGGGAGUUCUCAUCACCAUGGAGACAGCGUUGUGCCUGAUGGAGUGCAGUCAGCCCAUCUAUCCAUUAGACAUAGUCAGAACCAUGAGGGACCAGAGAGCCAUGAUGAUUCAGACACCUAGCCAGUACAAGUUUGUGUGUGAAGCCAUAUUAAGGGUCUACGAGGAAGGCCUGGUCAAACCCCUGAAGUCCACCCUUUACCAGAGAGAAGAAGAACGAGAAGAAGAAGAAAAUGGAGGAGAAGCAGUAGGAGAGGAAGAAGAGGAGGAAGAGGAUGUUAGCGUUAGUGCUAGUGUGACCAGUGUGACGAGUGAGACUAGCGCAACCAGCGAUUGCCCUGAACCCUGACCCCUUUGACCUGACCUGGGUCAGCCCAGUGCCAGGGAGGAGGAGCCCUGGUUACCAUGCUUACCGCCAUGGGCCGAGGAGAGAACAAAGCACUGUUGCACUUUACGCCAUCAAAAAAACUACAAACUGAAAGUUAUGGACAAAUGAAUCCAGUUAUGUUGAAUAGGUACCAUUAGGGUAUUGUGUGUUCAGGUAAAAAAGA